AUGAAUAAUGAUGAUGGGUUUUCAGGUGAGGCUGCUUCUGCUGCCUACCGUGUUAUGUGCUGGCUUUGCGAUCUGGAGUCUCUUCCGCUUGGAGACGCUGUCGAGAGACGGAGCGACGACGACGUUGCUGCUACUCACGACUCGGUGUCUCGGAAAGAUCCAGAGAUCAAGAAAGAGGUUGACGACGACAAGGUCGACCUCGGACAACAAGAGACUCGGGCUGAGGACAAGUGUCAGACCACUAGAGCGUCUGACGUCGAAGCAGAGGUUGGCUUUGAAGAUAGGGUCGACUGUGAUAACGAGCAGGAUCUAGACGACGGGUACGACAGUGACGACGAGGGACACCUUUGCUCUCUGUUACUAUACUUUAUCUCAAAGACUGCUCUCCAUCACCUGACAGAAUCGUCCAAAGCAAACAACAUGGACCGCUUCGCCGAGCAAUUCUUUGGCCGCCCAGAGCGGGACGGCAACUCACGAGCUCGACCCCCCGAGAAUACAAGCUUCAUGGAGACAUUUGCAAAGAACCUUGCAAAGUCGGCUGCCAGGUCAGCUGCCAAGCGUGCCAUGGGCGAGUCCUCUGGUAAUCGCACCCGCGACCGUACUCGUGGCGGUGUUGGUGCCGGCGGCGUUGGGGAGAUCAACCUCGAGGACUUUCGGGGUCUGGGUAGCUUCGUGCUUGGGAUGUUGAACGGAGGUAAUGAUGAUGGGCGGAAGGGUGGGGAGAGGAAGAGGAACAAGAAGAGAAAGAGGGAUAGAGACAGGGAUAGGGAUGGACAUAGAAGCAGGGGUUUCGAGGAUGAAGGAGACAGAUACGCCUCCGACAAGGAGAGACGCAAGAAGAAGCGCCACCGAGUCACCUUUGCAGAGCCCUACUACGAGUUCCAAGGCGAAACAUACCCCCCUCCCUACGAACCCGAGCCCCAAUACGAGCCAGACCCUCGAGAGCAUCGCCGCUCCUCGCACCGCCAUCACCGACGCGACUCCCGCGAGCGAGAAGAACGCGAGGAGCGCAGACGUCGACGGCGCCAGCGUCGAUACCGUCGUGAGCUAGACCUCAAGACGCUCAAGACGGAGCUCGAGGCCAUGUCCAGCACCAUCAUCUCGCUGAAUGCCCGGGGUGCCAAGCACCGCGACUGUGAGUUUUAUGAUCGCUUCGUUCGCAAGGGGGGUAGGCUUCAGGAUGUCAUUGGGAGCACUCUGGGACAGAUCCGUGGGCUUGAGGAGGGAGGUGAUGAUGAUAGGAAGAGGAGACACAGGGAGAGGUAG